AUGCUUAAAGUUCAACUUAAACAAAUUCAUUCAAAAAUGAAGUUUAAUGAGACCAAAUACGGUAAUGAACUUUUAUUAGAAGCUGCUUUUGCAGUAUGUACCCUAGAACGUCACAAAUAUUAA